AUGGAAUUACACAACACCGUCUAUGAAGCGCCCAGCGGUCCCCACUUCACACCACCCUCGUGCCUCGCGGGCCGCGUGCACCACAUCCCGCUGCGCGUGCGCACUGCAGCCCCACCCGGCCUACGUGACGCGCCUCGGGGCGGCAAUGGCGGCGGGCCAGGGCUGCGCUUCAGCCCCUCCCUAUCAGGGCGGCGCCGUCUCCACCGAGGACACGCCAAGAAAGGGGAAUGUAGUAAGAAAACAAAAACUGAUGACCAAGAGAAUGCAUCCGUAGAUGUACCGAGUCCGGCCCAGGAGAAUGGAGAGAAGGGCGAAUUCCAUAAGUUGGCUGAUGCCAAGAUAUUUCUGAGUGACUGCCUAGCGUGUGACAGCUGUGUGACCGAAGAGGAAGGAGUCCAGGUUUCCCAGCAGAACGCCAAGGACUUCUUCCGUGUCCUGAACCUUAACAAGAAAUGUGAUACCUCAAAGCACAAGGUGCUGGCAGUGUCCGUGUGUCCUCAGUCUUUGCCUUAUUUUGCUGCUAAAUUCAGCCUCAGUGUGACUGAUGCAUCCAGAAGACUCUGUGGCUUCCUCAAAAGUCUUGGCGUGCACUACGUCUUCGAUGCAGCGGUGGCCGCGGACCUCAGCAUCCUGGAGGGCCAGAAGGAAUUUGUGCGCCGCUUCCUCCGGCACAGCGAGGAGGAGCCCGCGCUGCCCAUGCUGACGUCCGCCUGUCCCGGCUGGGUCCGCUAUGCCGAGCGCGUUUUGGGCCAGCCCCUCACCCCCCACCUCUGCACCGCCAAGUCUCCCCAGCAGAUCAUGGGCUCUCUGGUGAAGGAUUACUUCGCCCGACGGCAGAACCUGCCCCCAGACAAGAUCUUCCACGUCAUCGUGGCCCCUUGCUACGACAAGAAACUGGAGGCUCUUCGAGAAGAUUUUUCCCCAGCUUUGCACAGUUACCGGGGUGCCGACUGCGUGUUAACCUCAGGUGAAGUCGUUCAAAUGAUGGAGCAAAGCGACCUCUCGGGGAGAGACGCGGCCGUGGACACUCUGUUCGGAGACCUGAGGGAGGAGGAGCUGAGGCGCCACGAUGGGGCCAGCUCCGACGGGCACCUGGCGCACAUCUUCAGACACGCGGCCAAGGAGCUGUUCAACGAAGACGUGGGGGAGGUCACCUACCGCACCUUGAGGAACAAAGACUUCCAGGAGGUCACCCUCGAAAGGGACGGGGAGGUUCUGCUGCGCUUCGCUGCUGCGUACGGCUUUCGAAACAUCCAGAACGUGGUCCUGAAGCUGAAGAGGGGCAAGUUCCCAUACCACUUCGUGGAGGUCCUCGCCUGCGCUGGGGGGUGCCUGAAUGGCCGCGGCCAGGCCCUGGCGGAGGACGGGCGUGCGGACAGGGCCCUGCUGCGGCAGAUGGAAGGCAUCUACACCAGCAUCCCCGUGCGGGCCCCAGAGGCCAGCGCCAGCGUGCAGGCGCUGUACCAGGAGUGGCUGGGCGGGGCUGACUCCCCCAGGGCCCAGGAGGCUCUGCACAUGGCCUACCAGGGCCCUGGGCGCCCCGCCAGCAGCCGAGACAUCAAAUGGUGAUGGCGAUUGGACGGCCGCUGACGGGGGAGCACUGAGUGGGGCAUCAGGGACACUGGAAGAAAAAGCUCGGCUUUCCUUUCCUUGCGCUGGUGUCAGCCCCCUCCGCCCGCCGCGGGUGGCGCUGUCUCCCGAGCGUGUGCUGGGAGGGCUGAGCACGGGAGGGCUGCCCAGCGCACGCGCGCGUCCCCCGCGUCCUCCUCCGGCGGAGCCUGGCCCAGCGCCAGGGUGGAGACGACCGCCUACCAGGCUUAGGGGGCCACGUGUCCUGUGACAGGCAGGGACCUGGCUCUGGUUCCUGCGCCUCAGACCCCUGUGGCCGUGAAGGCACCGGGCAGGCGCGGGGUUGCGGGCCACGGUCCUGGGUCGCCCUCGUGGCUCCAGAUUCUACCCAUUGACGUUGCUCUUGAAAAUGCUUUUGCCACAACAUGAAUAAACUGCCAUCUCCUGGAGUCGGGGCUCAAACACAAAUCUGCAUUGCCAGCUUUUCUCGAAAAGAACCUGAGAUCUGGCAGCAGUGGCCACGCUCCUUCUGGAACGGGACCCUGCCCCUGGGACUCUGGGCACUGGCCCCACAGGGGCACGGUGCGUUCAGUCUUUGAGCGGACCUCAUCUCCAGGCGGGGAGGCGGGCAUGGUGCCCCGGUUCCCGCCAGCAGAUGGCGAGGUGGGCUGCCCUGCUCGGGCCAGGCUGUGGGGAGUCGUCUCCCAAACUCCCCCCAUGUCCUCUGUGCACCCCUCGACCGGGCACCCUACCCUGCACAUUAGCUGGGGGCAGGGCUCACCUUAAGUGAGUAGGGGGUGCAUGCAUCCCGCCCCCAGACAGCCAGAUGGAGAGGGCUUGCAAACACCGGCCUCUGCAGCCUGGGACAUGAGACAGACACCCGUGGUGGCCUGGAGGAGUCACUUCUCCAAAGCACUUGGACUUGUGAACGUGGGUGAUGAUGUCCUUCUUGAUCCCUCAGGGCUGCGCUGUCUCAGCGUGUUGGAGUCCCCUUACCUCACCCUGGAUCGUGUCCCCGUGUGCCUUUCUGUGGUGUGUGAAAUUGUGUGUGUUGCUGCCAGUCUGUUUACAGGGGGUGUCCCCCCUCUGUGGCACUGCCUGGUUGUGGAAUAAACGGUCCAAGUGUC